UCGGAAAAAACAGUGAAUCGCAGAGAUGCUUUGAAGAAUCAAAACUGAAUCUAUUUGUGAUUGAUGGUGUUAGCCUUGGCAUCCCACCCCAUCUGUCCAUCAUAUAAGUUGUGAUGCAUUCUUACACAACAACGAUGGUCAAAUCCUAUUCCGGAGGAGACGACGACGUGGUUUUAACAAGAAGAGCAAAGAGGAAAGGGUUUGCCCUCAGUUCCAGGAGCUACAACAAGAAGUGUUCCUUAUGUAGGAGGAGGGGGUUUAAGGGCGCUUUUCACUGUCUCCAUAUCAAUGAGAGUGUUAAUCUAGGAUCAUCUCCCUUGACGAGGCUGCAUAAUUACUGCUUGGUGAUGCCCACAAUACAUCAAUAAUGCCAACAAAAGAAAGGCGGCUUUAUGAUGUUACGAAUGUCUUGUCAUCUAUGUAUGAAUCUCGUCGAGAAGACUCAAGACUUAAGAUUCACACGAUCUAUCGGAGAUGGUUUGAAGAAUGAAGAAGAUUGAAAUUGCUCAAGAUGGAGGGGAUAUAUAUGGUUUGCAUUAUUACGAAUGAUGAUGCAUUUUGACCAUCAUCACUUAUUCCUUGUCUGCUUCAAUGGGUGUUGAUCCCUUUCACUGCUGGGAAAUAAGUUUAAAAAUUAUCAAACUGUUAUCACGUAAAGAUCAUCUUUAAUUGUGUGCAGCGUCGGUUCCUAAAGGAGAUCAUUCAAGGUAGCUAGUCUGCUGAGGAAUCCAUCUGAAAUAGCCCCAAAAACAAGUCACCAGAAAAGAAUUAUAAGGGAACGAGUGAUAGAAAUAUAGGUAGAACUGUCAAUAUUAUUGAGGAAAAUCAAAGGCAAAAGCUAGGUGAUAGAAAACCAAGGCAGCAACCGGGAGAAAGAGGCAAGCAACUCAAUGUGUAGGGCGAGUAAUCCGGUGAAAGGCUGAUUAUGGGAUGAUGAUAUUUGUAGACAAAAGAUAUAGCCGUCAUGAUAAGCGGUCAAAACCACCAUGUUGGAUACUGUCACAUAUGCGGGAUACCCACUUGAAUCUAAGCACAGACAUGGCUAUUCACAUUGCUCGAGAGAUAGACCCCAUACUCUAAGGAAAAUGGCUCAACCGUAUGAUGAUAAAGCGGGUACAAUGGGAAGGAAAACCUCUGUAGACGCAAGAAGAUUUGGAGAAAAUGGCUGAGAGUCUGAGACUGGUGUUCAAGACAUGGCUUAGUAAGUAAACCGGUUUGUUUGUUUUAAAUUGGUUUAGGUCUACCAAAAAAUAUCUUCGCAAAAAAAAUUCACUGUACGGGUACGGUGCCAUUGACGAGUCAAAGGGUUUUAGUUUCUCACACUUCACUUUUAUUAUCGUAAUUAGCGAUUUUAAAAGUAAGCACCCCUUUUGCUAAUAUAGCAAACCAAAACCGAAAUUUUAUGAGCUUUAAAUUUCAACUACUCCCGAGAAUGUGAAAAAACAUCAAAAAAGAAAAAGGGAGACAAGUAUAAAAGCCCAUUAAAAUAGUUUCAAGUCAGGCCUUUAUACUGCUAUUUACUUGGGGAGCAAUGCAAUCACAUCCUCUCUUACAAGGACAAAGACAGAAAAGCCCCUGAGGUAGUUGAGAAAGUGGCCGGGUACAAUGGAAGGGUAUACUAGUAAUUUAAGCUUAGCACACCCGAAGUAUUCUUGUCCAUUAAGUCUCGGGCUGGAUUAAAAAAAAGGUCUCGCCUUUGGAGCAGUUUCUUGACAUUUUCUAUCUCAGAAUUGGGUAUUUAGCUGACACGACGACGACGACGAGGUCUCUCGAUUUAUCUAUAAUCAAAAAGCUUUGGUUAGCUGAGAAUUAUAUAAGCUCCAAUUUGUGGGAGAUUCAGAAUCAGAUGGAAGACGAUAUGUGGUGCGUUAGCUCAUCUGGUUCUUCGAGAAGCUACCGAUCAGAAACUGCUGCUAAGUAUCAAUCAGGUCCUUAUCUAGAUUUGGAAGAGUUUGAAGAAGAUGAAGAUAUAGCAGUGGAUUACCCGUGCCCGUUCUGCUCAGAUGAUUAUGAUUUAGUUGAGUUGUGUCACCAUAUGAACGAAGAACAUCAUCUUGAAGCUUACAAUGGGAUAUGUCCGGUUUGUAACAAAAGGGUGAAGGCGCAUAUGGUGGAUCAUAUAACAACACAUCAUAGAGAUGUCUUGAAGAGUGAGCAGAAGGAAAUGUCUUACAGAGAAGAUCCAUAUUCCUCGGAUAAAUAUCUUCAAUCCCUCCAUGAUGAGUUGCCACCAGUUACGAAUCAUCAUCAUACAUCUAAAUCCGUUGUUUCAGAUCAGUUUUUAUCAUUUAUCGACAAUACUCCAAUGCCAAAUCAGACCAAGCGUGUACAGCCUGAUUCGAGUGUAGAAGACAAGAAUUUGAUUAAGGAUGCGACAGCAGCAAAAGAGGGGGCAUCGUCAUUGCCGUUAUCUGAUAGUGAACAAUUGGAGAAGGCAAAGAAGUGUCAGUUUGUACAGGGACUAUUAUCAUCAGCUAUGUUUGAUGAUGGGUGUGACUUCUUCUGAGUAAACAAGAAAAUAAAAGGUGUGAAGUCUCCAAUGGCCAAAACGGCAGGUGAUUGGAAUUGUUGUAAUGUUAUUCAGCCUUAUUUAUAUUACACGUGCAUCUCUUUUUCAGACAUAACACUAGCUUUAAGUUUAUAAUACACGCUGAUGAGUUUUCAGUCUGUCUCUUCAAAAGAAUCUUUAUCCCGCA